UCUGCUGCGGCAGUGUUAUUGCUUUUGUGGUGUGCUGACAUAAUUAGCCGGAAAAAAGAUAGUUAAUGAUGAAUGCUAGUAAUUUUAUUUUAAAAAAUGAUGCGAUCCGCUUUUGAUUUAUGACAUUUAAUGUUGCAAUGAAAUUUGUCCUGAAAUAAAAUAAAAGAAAGAUGCAGACGCAGAUUGUAAUGUGGGUAAAAUUCUAUUCUCAUCAUAAUUUCAUGUCUUAAAAACCUUUCUAUUUAUAGAACAAAAGUGCUAAAAAAAUGAAAGCUCGAUUCCAUUGUUCUGUUCCUGGGUGUUUAUAUUUUACUGGUUCUGAAAGAUUUUUUACUGAAAAAAAGUUUCUCAAUCAACACAUAGCUAAAGUACAUGCAGAAAAGAAAUAUUCUUGCAGCAAGUGCACAAAAUGCUUUGGUUUGGAUUCAUUACGCAAGCUUCAUGAAAAGACUUGUGGCAUUGAAUGGAAAUGUACUUGUGGAGUCAAAUACUCAUCACGAGAAUCUCUCCUAACUCAUGCGAGGAGAACUCAACAUAAGCUACCAGAUCACAUAAUCAAUCCUGAUAAGAUGAAACAAAGCAAAAAUACUGGUCUAAAUACAAAUCCAAUAAUUCUAUUUAUUCAGCCUAUCAUUCAGAAUUUGACCUGCAUACAACCUGCUCGAACAUCAUCACUUACUCGUCCUAUUCUGCCAAAAACAUUACAGCAUCACAUAUUGACUGUACCUUCAUCUAUCAGUGAUGUAAAAAACAUGUGCAAUUUAGUAUACUCAUCUCCACCUAGUGAAAAGUUUGCUUAUAAUAAUAUAUCUCCAAAUUCUAUUAGUGAUUCACUGAGCAACCAGUUUUUAUCUUCAAGUUAUUCUACCAUUGUAAAUAAUAAUAAUGAUAACAAUAGCAAUAAUAAUCUUCCAAAACUCGCAUUAGUGGAUUCUGCAACUCAAACAUCCAGUGACUUUGAAAUUCUUAAGCGGAAAGAAUCCAGAGCUUCUCAGUGUUCUAGAAGAAAGUCAAAAUCAGCAGCUGUUGGUAUUGAAAGUACUCACACUCAAACUGCUGAAAGUACUGUUGUCAAAAUCAAGAGGAAGAAAUCUCGUAGGAAAUCUGUUGCAGUCACAACAGAAUCAUCCACAUUAACAGGAGAUGAAUCAAAUGCAGGAUUAUCUUUGUGGCCUAAUUUCAAAGACUUGAUAUUUUCUGAAAAUUCUGGAAAUCGAGCCUUCAGAAACAGUACAAGCACUCAAACAAGCAAUAAUAAAAUUUUAUGCGAUUCUCAAACUAUAACUGAUGAUGAAUUAUUUAAGCUUGUCUGGGACAAUGCUGAAAAUAGAAAAGAUUCUAAUGACUGUUGCAAUUCGCCAUUUGGAAUGCUUCAGGACAUAGCUGUGGAUGAUUCUCUUUCUGCAAUAUCUGAAGGCUUAUCUGCUGAUGCUCUUAAUAUGUUUGCUUCUAAUUCUUCUGUGGUAGAUUCUGUUUUGUCUCAAGAUAUCAAAAUUAAAGAUGAACCGGGAAAUGAUAUGAUUCUUCCCACUGAUUCAGUCAAUAAAGGAAUGGCGAAUGAGUCAUGUUCUGUGUUUCCUGACUUUUCAGAGUGUGUAAAGCAAGAUAUGAAUAACAAAGUCAUGGAUAUUUAUACUCAAACGAUGGCAUCUAAUGUCUUAGAUUAUAAUCUUCUUGCAAAUAUGGAAACACAGACAACAGAUGAUUUUUCUUUAUAUGACUUAGAAUUCUUAGACACAGAAACACAAACACCUUGGGAGGAUUUUCCCAAUAUUGAUGAUUCGCCUGUUCCUGCAGACCAAUUAUCGAUUGAAAUUCAGACUGAUUUUAGUUCUGAAAUGGAUCAAGAUCCGUAUGACUUCAUAAACAGUCUAAAUGUACAAAGUAUGAUUAAUGAUUGUUCUACAAAAGAAUCAUUUGGCGUGAACUCGGAAACACAGACUCAUGACUGGUCUGAUUUAACUCAGUUUACAAAUUCGGAAUCUCAAACUCUAGAUCUUGCUAAUUUAUUUUUUUCUAAGUAAUUUUCUUUAAAUUACUAGGCUAUUGUUACUAAGAACUGUCUUGUAAUUAAGAGCUUCAGAUAUUAAAUUAUUAAUGCAAAAUAUGUGCCACAAAUCUGUAUACUUAAAAGAGACAUUCCAUUUUAUAUUGUGUACAGUUUUGUUUGUUUUGUGAACGAUUUUUGAUGUAUUUACUUUUAAUGAUUUUGUAAAAAUCAUGUUCGGUUUGUUUUUUUACUGUAUAGUUUUUAUUAUUACAUAUUUGUACAUGUUCCUUUUUUAAAGUUACCGAAUUUUGUUUGUAUGUAAAGAGAAGUGUUUAUUUAUUGUUCUGAAUGUUAAUAUUUUGGCAAGAUCAAAAUUUGUUUUGUUUUAUAUGUUUUUCUUUUUUACUUUGGUUUAAAAUAUCUUAUUUUUCUCUCUACAUGUUUGUAGUCUGCAAUAUUUUAUGUGAUGUAUGUUUGGAAAGUAAAUGCUAUUUA